UGCAGUUGCCGUCGCUGCGGUCUUCAUCGACUCCGUCACAGUUGGCUCGUUUUGGCUCGUCCUCGGUAGGUAGGUUUGGGUAGCAGCUAUGGGCCUUAAGCGGACCAGGGGAGCAGGGGAGCGGGGAGCGGCAACAUCUUACCCGUUGUGCUCCCCCCAUCCCGGGCCAGGCUGUGGUGCCCCAAGACACUAAAAAAAACAGUAUUUACCACAGCCAUGGCAUUGGUGUCAGCAGACUCCAGAAUAGCUGAACUACUGACAGAGCUCCAUCAACUGAUUAAGCAAACUCAGGAAGAACGCUCCCGAAGUGAACAUAACCUGAUCAAUAUCCAGAAGACACAUGAGAGAAUGCAGACAGAAAACAAAAUCUCCCCUUAUUACCGGACAAAGCUUCGAGGUCUCUAUACCACAGCCAAGGCAGAUGCAGAAGCAGAAUGCAAUAUACUGCGCAGAGCUCUGGAUAAGAUUGCUGAGAUCAAGACUUUGCUGGAAGAAAGGCGAAUUGCGGCUAAAAUUGCAGGAUUAUACAAUGAUUCAGAACCUCCACGGAAAACCAUGCGCCGUGGAGUGUUGAUGACCCUAUUGCAACAGUCAGCCAUGACAUUGCCUCUGUGGAUUGGGAAACCUGGAGACAAGCCUCCACCCCUGUGUGGGGCUAUUCCGGCUUCAGGGGAUUAUGUAGCUAAACCAGGUGAUAAGGUGGCUGCUCGAGUGAAAGCUGUGGAUGGGGAUGAGCAAUGGAUUCUGGCUGAAGUGGUCAGCUACAGUCAUGCUACCAACAAAUAUGAGGUGGAUGACAUUGAUGAGGAAGGCAAAGAGAGACACACCUUGAGCCGAAGACGUAUCAUCCCACUACCACAAUGGAAGGCCAAUCCUGAGACAGACCCUGAAGCUUUAUUCCAGAAGGAUCAGCUUGUGCUGGCAUUGUACCCCCAAACCACCUGCUUUUACCGGGCUUUGAUUCACACUCCUCCACAACGGCCCCAGGAAGACUACUCUGUCCUGUUUGAAGAUACUUCCUAUGCAGAUGGUUAUUCUCCUCCCCUCAAUGUGGCCCAGAGGUAUGUUGUGGCCUGCAAGGAACCUAAGAAGAAGUGAGGUUCGGUUUGACUGAAUCACGGACUUUUUACCUUGCCUCUGUUCACCUGACUCUUCGGCCAUGCCCCUUGAAGAGGGGAAUUAAUGUAUCCUUCUCUGCAGACUAAUAAAUAUACAGCCCUGUCCCCUA